AGCGAGUGCCCAUACUGGGGUUAUACUGUGGUGUCACUAGCUAGCGAUCGACGAUUAAAGGGCUCGCACGUGAGCUGCGUUAAUUGGGCCGAGUGAACCGCGUACGAAGACGCGAGAUGGAAUUAAUCAGAGGCCUGUGGAAAAAAUCAGCUGUCAUAUACAAGAGCGGGGUGCAGUGUAUGUCCUUGAGACACAACGGCGCCACAACGUCCAACGUGGCCGAGGUGGCGGUGUUCUCGCGCGACGGCGACUCCGGAUUGACGAUCACAGACGCCGGGGACACGAAGCCGAAGGACGACAUGAUCUUCAACGCCCUCGGCGCGACAGACGAGCUGUCGUCCUACAUAGGACUGGCGAGGGAGUUCGCCUGCGACGGCAAGGUCGAGCAUCCGUACGUUGACAAACUCAAGAGGGUACAAAUGAUCCUAUUUGACCUGAGCCACGCAAUAUCAAAGUCCGUGCCUGGGAAGACCAGGUUCUUCGAGAGCAAACACACCAAAGACUUGGAGGAGUGGAUCCUCGAAUACGCGAACCAGCUGCCUCCUCCCGAGGAUUACAUCAUUCCAGGCGGCGGAAAGGCUUGCGCUUCCCUGCACGUUGCGCGAACUGUAUGCAGGCGUGCUGAGAGGAGUAUCACGACAUUAGUACGGGACGGUGCUCUAGAUAAAGAAGCGCAAACGUACUUAAAUAGGCUGGCAGACUUUCUUCUAACGGUAUCGCGUAUUGCGGCCAAGUGCGACCAGCGUACGGAGAAUAUCUAUAUUCCGCGAGCGGAAGUGACCGAGGAGAAGUGAAGGGACUCAUUCGCAAACUUUUGUAGGGCAUUUUUGCGCACUGACACAACAUACAAAUAUUUACACACGUACAUAUGACGCAGCAGUCUCAGAUAUAAAUAUAGAACUAACAAACUUCCAGAUUGAUUGCCAUUGAUUGUUAUCGAACGUUCGUUUAUUUACUUGUUCGGCAAGUAGCAGCACAUGUACACUCUUCGAAACGAUAUUCCGUUACAUAUCUACAAUUGCAAUUUUUAAACGGAGUAAAAUUAGUUGAACGGAGAGAGCGUGUGUGCAAUUCUCGAUUGCGAUAUCUUAAAGUGGAUAUUGCAGUUCUCAAUAGGAACAGCGUCGUGGUGAAGAUACCGCUGUAGAUAAUUUACUGAAAUGAAGCUUGUAAAUACAAAUGCGAAUUGCUUUUAUUAGCUACGAUUAAGAUGUAACAAAGUUAUCAACCGUAUACUUAAAAUAUUAAUUAGAGUUAAUAAAUACGAAUCUCACUCUCCAGUGAA